UGAACAACUGUGAUUCUAAAUUGAAUUGCUGUCUAGGUGUUUCUCUUCUUGACCUUGGAAGACCAGGUAGCGGGUAAAUGUCUUGCGGAAGAAACACCACGGUGGUCACCGAGUUCAUCCUCCUGGGAUUUUCAGACCAUCCAGAGCUCAAGAUUUUCCUUUUUGUGUUGUUCUUGGCCAUCUACCUUGUGACUCUCACCUGGAACCUGGGCCUGACCAGCCUGAUCAAGGUCUCCCCCAAUCUCCACAUCCCCAUGUAUUUCUUCCUCCGUCAUUUGUCCUUCAUCGACGUCUACGCCUCUUCCGUCAUCCCCAAGAUGCUCUCAGACUUCUUCAAGGAGCAGAAGACCAUUUCCUUCCUGGGCUGUGCCACUCAAUAUUCUGUCUUCAGUGGGUUGGGCCUGACGGAAUGCUGUCUCCUGGCUGCCAUGGCGUAUGAUCGUUAUGCGGCCAUCUGUACCCCACUUCUCUACACGACCGUCAUGUCUCCCUCCCUCUGUAGGAAAAUGGUGGCUGCGGCCUACGCGGGGGGAUUCCUCAGCGCCCUGACUGCAACGGACCUAUUGUACCGGCAGGACUACUGCGGGCCAAACGUUAUCCAUCACUUCUUCUGUGACCUCCUUCCUCUGUUAGCUCUGUCCUGCUCUGACACUUCCACCACUCAAGUCGUGGUCUUCGUUGUGGGCGUGGUCAUCGGAAUGAUGUCCGUGCUUGUGGUCUUCCUGUCCUACGGUUAUAUCACUGUGGCUGUCCUGCUGAUCCGCUCGGCGAGAGGCAGGUACAAGACCUUCACCACCUGUGCCUCUCACCUGAUCACCGUGAUCCUCUUCUACGGCUCCGGGUUCUUCGUGUACAUGCGUCUUAACUCCAGCUACUCCGAGAGCCGGGACAAGGUGGUGUCUCUGUUCUACACGGUGGUGAUCCCCAUGCUGAACCCGCUUAUCUACAGUCUGAGGAACAGAGAGAUUCUGGACACCUUGAAGAGAGUGAUGGAGAAAAAAGUAGUGCUCUUUCAGUGCCUUUCACCCUUUUGA